CGAGACAGGAAGAAAAGAACAUUUGAUCCAAUAUUGUCUUAAGUUUUUGUAAUAAUCUUGUUUUCUUUUUCUCCUCCUCUUCUUUUAAAUACUGCAAAUUUUUAAUAUACCUCACUGCUUUAGUUUAUUCUUUCUCUUUCCUCUUUCCUUUUCUCUCUCUCUCUAGUCUCUCUUUCUUUGUGUUUGGUGCUAUCAAGGGUUCUUUGAUUUCAAUCAAACAAAUUCUGGGUCGUUGAUCUUUUUGAUUCAUCAUCAUUACACAGCUUAAUUUGGUUCUCUUCUAGUUUUACUUGAUUCCCAGUUUGAGAUUUGCAUCUAAUUCUCUUUUUUUCCCUACAGCUUUGUUUUAUGCUUCAAACCCUAUUUUUCUUCUUGUUGAAUUUCUCUCUCUGAUCUCAAACUUUGAUUCCCAGUUUAUGUGAUUGUGUUCUUCUUUGUUUGUUGAAUUCGAUUUUCGUAACGCUGGCGAAUCCUUGGUGGGCUAAUCAGGUAAGUCUGCCGGGCAUGGAGCCGGCAGGCAACUCACCAGCCUUGAGCAAACGUGACCUCGAAAUCUCCAUGAACGACGCAAGCAAAAAUAGAGGAGGUGAUGAUGAAGAUAGAGACACCGGCGACGAGCCUAGAGAAGGAGCGGUCGAGAUCGGUAAUCGAAGACCUCGAGGCCGUCCUCCGGGCUCCAAAAACAAGCCUAAACCGCCUAUUUUCGUGACCAGGGACAGCCCCAAUGCGCUCCGUAGUCAUGUCAUGGAAGUGGCGAGCGGUACCGAUGUAGCCGAAAGCAUAGCACAAUUUGCUCGGAGACGACAACGCGGGGUUUGCGUGCUUAGCGGCAGCGGAUCGGUUGCAAACGUUACCCUAAGACAACCGGAAGCACCCAGCUCGGUGGUUGCUCUUCAUGGAAGGUUUGAAAUUUUGUCUCUAACCGGGGCCUUUCUCCCCGGACCGGCUCCUCCCGGCUCGACGGGGCUCACCGUAUACCUAGCUGGCGGUCAAGGACAAGUCGUUGGAGGAAGCGUUGUAGGUUCACUUAUCGCAGCCGGUCCGGUUAUGGUCAUCGCAGCUACGUUUUCCAACGCAACCUACGAAAGAUUGCCGUUAGAAGACGAGGAAGAAGUCGUCGGCGCCGGUCAGGGAGGACAGAUCCAAGGCGGCGGAGGAACCGAUUCACCGCCAGCAAUAGGAAGUAGCGGCGGCCCACACACGGGCAUGCCGGAUCCAUCUUCACUUCCAAUAUACAACUUGCCCCCUAACCUACUCCCCAAUGGAGGGCAACUAGGGCAUGAACCCUAUGCUUGGGCGCAUGGGAGACCACCUUACUAGUAAAUUGGAAGUACCAUCUUCCAUAUACACCAGAGAGCGAGGCUUAAUUUAGGGUUUAAAACAAAUUUGUUUAAUUUUUAUCUAAAAUUUC